AUGAUGGAAACCUUUUCAAUGUCAAGUGAAGUACAAGCGGAUGCUACUAGUAUUGGUGGUUCUCCCACCAAGAACAAGAACAACAAGAUGACCAUUGAGAAUAAUAAUACACAAUCAACAUCGUCACCCUCAUCGUCAUCCGUGAUCUCGAUACGGUUUGCCAUGCUUGGUUUACUAGUCGGUGCCUCUAUUUGGCGAAUGCAUUUUGACAAGUCUUCCUAUGUGACUGCCAAGAGCGAGACGUUGUCCAGGCCGUCCAAGCAGUAUCUUCGUGCUAUGCUUGCCGACAAUAAUAAUACUGCAACAACUGCUAUGAAUGGCACUAAUGAUGAUCAUCGAAAAGACCAAGAAGAAGAAGAAGAAGAAAACAAGUUGUUGCAAGAUGCAACCACCACAACACAUGAUGCCACCAUUGCGCCUACCAACGAACCAACCGAGGCACCAAAUGCAACGUCUCCCUUUUGGUCUUGGAUUGAACCAUUUUGGAACCAACGUAGUACUCUUACAACUGCCAGCAAUUCUACUACUACUACUUCCUUUGUCUUUCCCGACGUUGACUUUCGAAUAAAAUACUACAUGGGAUCUUGGUACGAUUCGAGCACUAGACUCGAAAGUGUGAAUUGCAGUGCCUUUGACAAGAAAUUCAUUGACGGCAAAUUUGGUUCCCAUAUGCACGACAAGGAUGUCCUGUAUAGUUACAAGGGAUUGGAUCAACAAAUUCGGAACACCAAACAUUGGAAUAUUGGUAACUAUUUAAUGUAUUAUCACACCGUCAUGAAAAACUCCUCCAAGCCCCAAAAUGCCGUGGUGGCCAUGUGCGUUGGCGACUCGUCGUCGGUCAAGACGGGCAUUCCAGUGGCGGCCAAGACGAGAAAGGCUGGGUUGGUGGAAGGGGCAAUGUCACAAAACAAAUACUAUGGUAUCAUUUGGCCCCUCAACAUGGUCCGGCAUUUUGGACCCGUCCACGACUAUUUGGAAUUGGAACAAGUGGGAAAUGUGACUGCCUGGGAAGACAAAAAGGAAGCUUUGAUUUGGAGGGGCGGAUACACGGGGGUGCCAUCACUCUUGAAAGGCGAAAGCUUUCGAAACUCGGCACAUGAAUAUGGCCCCCGCGUCCAAGCAGUCUUGGCCAAUUGUUUCCAGAAUCAUUCGGAGAUUGACGUUGCCUUUGCCAAUAUUCCUCCCCAGCGCAAUGGCAUUCCAAAGGCAAUGAACAAGACACUUAUGGAAUCUUGUAUGCGGGGCACCCAUCGGACCAUGCAAGAACAGUUGGAAUUCAAAUAUAUACUAAAUGUAGAAGGCAAUGACGUUUCCUCCGGUCUCAAAUGGCAAUUGGCCUCCAAUUCGGUCGUCUUCAUGGCCAAACCCAUGACCGUAUCCUGGGCCAUGGAGGAACUGUUGAUUCCUUUUUAUCAUUACAUUCCCGUGGACGAGAAUUUUGAGAAUUUGCCCGAAAUGAUCCAGUGGGCCAAGACUCAUGAUGAGGAAGCCAAGAAAAUCUCGGAACAAGCCACCCAAUACAUGUACGACUUGUGGAUUAGUGAAAAGUCUCAACAUGAUUAUGCCGAACUCCAUACUCUAUUGGCCACUCGGUAUCAAGAUCAAUUUGGCGAGGCAUUGUGGAAAUGCCUCCUCCCUUCCAAGAAAUCGGAACGAGUAAGGUCUGGUCAUAAUCAUAACAACAACAAUCCACGAUCGUCCUUGGUACUUAUCAACCGAACUAAGAAUCAAAUGAAGAAUCGAAAGAAUAGAAAGGGGAGAAAGAAGCGGACCACAAAGGCAAAUUGA